AUGGCGCGCCAAAAGGCCCAGACUUCGGCUCAGCGACAAGCAAAGGCAUCUGGACGAGCAUCAGCAGACCACGGCGAAACCGAGGAGAUGGCAGUCCCGCAGUUCUUCAACACCACGUUUUCGACUCACCGCGCGUCUCCGCUCUACAUCGGCACGCAAAAGCUGGACCAGGCUCGCCUUGACCGGCUGGCUCACCGGCUGCGUGACACGCUGGUUGGCGAUGUCGUUCGCGGCGUUCAGAUUGGGCUGGAGGCCACGGACACGCCGAUGGGGCAGGUUGGUCCGCUCAAGGCAGUGAACUUUCGCUGGUUUCGGCCAACGGACAUCCUCGGUGAGAGAAACGCAGAGGGCGACGACGAGCAGUCGGAUGAGCAGAACAAGGGGCUCUGGAUUGAGAUGCGGCAUGAGAACGCAGCCUAUGUCGCGCUUUUAUUGCCCGGACUGUCGCAAUCAGAAAGGGGAUCCAACAUACCAACCGCCAGACAAUUUCUUCACCUACCUCUACUCCUCCUCCGAAUGCCCCAGCCUCUCAAGGCAGUCAUCGGCGAAUGGCUAUCAACAACAUUUGACUGUCGUGUCACCAAGCUCAAUCUGGGCACUCGAACACUGGUCAAUAUCCUAGAGGGCUGGAUCCAAGAGACUGGACUGCCCGGAGCCGACUCGGACCUCGUGCUGACUCUUGCAUUCAACGCUCCAGUGACAGACAGAGGCCGAGAAGCUGCACUUCCUUUAAGCGGGGACACUGGGGAUGACGACGGAGAGGAGGAUAAAGUAGCCGAACCAGGAUUGAGGAGCAUGGAAAUCAGCGUCUCGGCCUCGGAUCUGAGGCGCUUCCUACGAGCUGGAAAAGCUUUGCAAAAGUCCAAGCGGACAGCUUCGAAAACGGCUUCGACUCCAUCUUCCAAUCAGCCUUCAUGGGAGCAUGAUAACAGAGAGCGGCGCAGGCUCGCUGGCCCGCACAUCGAUGAUGGGUGGGGUUGGCUGAAGAACAAGGAGGGACCCGCGUAUCCCCUGAUGGAAGCUUUGGCACAUCAUCUGGAUCACCACAUGGCGCUGAAUCUAUUCCACCCGGGCGUCCGAGUCACCCAGGUCUCAUGCGGCGGCUUCGUCCUCUCACAGUCUCGGAUCAAGAUUGUGAAAACGGCAGACGCGACUGAGGACCUGUCCAAGGCAGCUUGGAUGUUUAUUACGCUUUUGGGAGAAAGAGUGCAGAGCGACGGAAUGUCAUUGGUGACGUGA